AUGACGUCACCAGUGAGCGGCCGGAAUGAUGGCGGCAGCGCGGGGCGGCGGUCCCGGUUCCUCUCGGCCCGCAGCGGCGGCGGACCACUCGGUGCUGGUGGUGGUGGGAGCGCUGCGGUCCCCCGGGCUGCUGGAACACAUUCUGCGGCAGGUAGAAACAGGUG